UUUAAACUACAACAAAAAAGAAUGUAAAUAAGACUGUAAUUACUUAUUAUUAAUACAUUGAAAAUAAUCUUAAUUUCCUUCGAAAUGUCUGGUGAAAGCGAAGUAUUUAAGUUAGAAAAAGACCUGUGUAGGUGUUGUCAUGCCGAGGGAAAAUUCAUUAAGUUAUUUGAACCUUCGCAACAUGAAAACUUCUGUGAUAUGUUAAGAAAUUGUUUUGAUAUUAACAUUACACCAGUGCCAGGGAAUCUAAGUGAUUCCACAUACACUAUAUGUCCAGAAUGUGUAAUUAAAUUGAAAGACGCUAGCACAUUUAAAAAGCAAGUACAACAGUGCGAAGAGAAGUUCUACGAUAUGUAUUAUAAGAAUGCUUUGUUUGAAAACUACAAAUCAACAUCUACAGUAAAAGAAGAAUUAGAUAUAGAUAACUCGGAAGACGACAUACAUUUGAGUGAGUUGAAAAAAUCGAAGCCAAAAACAAAAAUGAAAAAUAAAAAAUGCAAGAAAAUCAAACAGGAGGAAGAACAAUGCAAAGAGGUCAAAUUAAAAAAAGAUAUAGAGAAACCAUCGGACUACCGUUCAUCAGACAUUCGGAACAUGGUAAAACUGAUCAUAAUGUUCUCAACGGCUACUCCCUUCCGGUGGUCCUACAGCAAAUAUAUGUGUUUCUUCUGCGAUCGAGUAUUCACAAAGUUCUCAGAACUAAAACAACAUCACUACGACCACUAUGAAAUUAAAAUGGACAACUGCCUACGGUCUAUAAAUACAGAGACCAAAGUUAAAUUCGAAGUCAGCCAGCUAUCCUGCAAAAUAUGCCCGAAAGACAUGCAAACGUUGGACGAUUUGCUCGAUCACAUCACUAUUACACACAAACAGAACUAUAAUAGUGUUGUGCGGUGCUCGAUAUUCGCUUUCCGAUUGACGGAUACGGAAGCGCCGUGCCUACAAUGUGACCAGAGUUUUACUUUCUUCGGCAAUUUAUUGUCACAUGUAUACAAGAAUCAUUUAAAUUCUGGACAGUUUCUAUGCGACUGCUGUGGAAAAGGGUUCCUAACUAAGUUCAUGUUGCGAAAGCAUGUGAAACUGGAACAUUCUGUUACAGACUAUGUGUGCCAAAAGUGUAAUAUGUCGUUCAAAACGCAUGGAGCGUAUUCUUACCAUCGCAUUACGCAUAAGGGCGACUUUAACUGCUCCCAGUGUCCAGAAACAUUCUCAAGCUGGUACCUAAGGAAGCGACAUAUAGCGUUCGUGCAUGAUAAAUCCCUGCAAAUCACUUGUGAAUUGUGUUCAAAGACGUUCGUGAAAUACAACUCUUUAAAAUGGCACGUGAUGUCCGUACAUCACAAUGAUAAGCCGUUCGCGUGUGAUCUCUGUGAUUUUAAGUGUAUUAAUAAAACAUACUUGAAGCGGCAUAUGGUCAGCCAUUUGGACACAAGGCCGUACCAAUGUCAUGUUUGUGUGAAAGCGUUUCAGAGGAAGGAACAUUUGGAGACUCAUGUGCGAAUACAUACGAAUGAUAAGAGGUAUGUGUGUAAGGAGUGCGGGAAGGGAUUCGUGCAAAUUGCCGGGUUGAAAGUGCAUUUGAGGGCGCAUCACUCGAAAACGUGAUUGUCUAUGGUCGAAAAAAAAAUAUUUGUGAAGUGAAAAAAACAUUUUUGAAGCGAAACACCUAGCGUUGAGAGUAAAAUUUCAAUGCUUCAUGGCAAUACCGACGUCAUGGAGUAAGGCAACGAUUUUAGUAUCUUUGGAUCUUGUCACAGAAGUUUCACUUCUGACAUGUGUACUUGUCACACGCGCUCUUUUUUAAACUAUGUUUAGUGUUUUUGUUUAUAUGAAAAUUUUGAAAAUAUGUGUAUGUUUGUCUAUGCUUUCAUGUUACCAGUAUUAUUUAGAUUUAGUAGUUGCCUGUGUUAAUAAUGUUCUAUUGUCUAUGACUGAAAAAUAUAUAUUAUCAUCAGAAUUGCCUCUAUGUAUUAUGAUAUAAAUGAGAAUGUACAACCUGUUUGAAUUAGCUUGAGACCUGAGCCGAUGA